AUAUAUAUAUAUAUAUUAUAGGAUUCUGUGUAAGAUACAAGCCAAUUUUCACACACUCAGGACACUGACAUAUUAAACAAGUUAGAAAUGAAAUACUGAAUGCAAAAUGUUGCCUUAAAGAAAUGAUCAGGGCUAAGUAAAAUUUGGCCACUAGGUGGUAAUAUGUCCAUUAUUCUGGCUGAAAUGUACUUACCGGUAUAUUGAUAUAUGUCUGUUUUGGCUUGCUUGCUGUACUGUACUGAAUUUAACAUCUGUCCAGAUUUCAGUAGAAUCUAUAUGUCUACAAACCAUACACCAAGAAAAAUAUGUUUUUGUAUCAGGAUUGGAGAAAAAUCGAUGCAUACAAAUGAUGUUGCUUUCUCUGUAUGCACUGAAAUUGAUUAUCUGUUUCUUAACUACUAAAUAUGUAUCUGCUAAUAGCUGCAGGACAUAGUAAGGUUGCACAAUUAACGUCUAUAGCAUGUAGUGCAUAACCAGGUUUACUGAUGAAGAGGUAUAAACGAGUCUGCAGAUGCAUAACGUGGAAUUGACUUUUGAAUGAGCUUCCAUUUCGAAUGAUUUAUAAAUAACUGGGGAGCUGUUGGCUUAUUCUGAAUCUUCCACCACAGGUUCAGCUAGUGUAACGACUCCUUUCCUGCAUGACUUCUGUGGAAUGUUAAUAUCAAUCUUUGUUUCUUAAUAAUCAUGUAAACACAAUGUUUGUGUCUUGAUUGGAGCGUAUUCUAGACCAAAAGGGCUCAACAAACUGAUUCCAUAUAUAACACUAAUUUAAAAAAAAAUUUAAUUUUUUUUUUUUUAAAAUGAUUACACCGUGUAACAAUUUUUAUUUUUUUUUGUUUCCUAAUUGCUUAUGCCUCAAAAGUAUAGAAAAUGGCUAUUAUUCCCCACAAACUUUGCUUUUGUGACCAGAACAGUGAUAUUUUGAAAUUUACCUAUUUUCCAGAACAUUCCAGAUAGAUUCAGUGCUGAGUAAACUUCUAGAACUUUCUAGAACUUUCCAGUAAUAUAAAUAGUAGUAUAAAUACAGGGGCCUUAAGCCCACCAGUUCAGUUUAGUUCCAGCUGCCUAAGUGGAUACAUAUCUGAGAUGGCAAGACGCAUUUUGCUAUGUCUGCGGCCAAUUUAUCAAGACAAGAGCGAAAAAGUACUCCGUGGAAGCAUCUGCUAAGAUGUGUGAGGCCUACAAGGCAUAUUUCGGCAUGCCUGUCGGGGAUCAAGACAAACCCUGGGCACCUCAUUUCACCUGCGAGCACUGCAAAAAAAAACUCUGGAAGGUAAGAUGGACAAUUGUUGCUCGGAAUUUUAUGUUAUAAAAUUUGUUAAAAUUUUUAAAAUUGUAAAAGUUUUUAAUUUUAAAAUGUUUUACAAUUUUCAAUGUUAUUGAAAAAAUAUAUCAUAUAUGAAAAAUGUUGCGAGAAUCUCUUACACAUUAGUCAUGGGUGAAAUAAAUGUAUUUUUGUAGGAUGGUACAGAGGGGAAAAGAGAGCCAUGAAGUUCGCUAUCCCAAGAAUUUGGUGGGAACCCACUGACCACUCAAGCAACUGCUACUUCUGCAUGGUGGACCCUUCCAAACGUCGGACUGGCAAGAAUGCACCUGCUAUCACGCAUCCGGACCUUCCUUCAUCCAUCGCCCCGGUGCCACACUGCCAUGAGCUCCCCGUACCCACUCCUCCGGAGAGAGAGCAGCCGUCUUUAGAAGAGAGCAGCAAGUCAGAGAGCGAGGAAGACGUUGUAGAUCCAGAUGACAAUUUCAGAGGUGGAGCUGAGGAGAGAAACCCAUACUACCCCAACCAAAAAGACCUCAACGACUUGAUUAGAGAUCUUGGUCUCACCAAGUCCAAUGCCGAGCUUUUGACAUCUAGGCUCAAGCAGUGGAACUUGUUGGAUGAAAGUGUGCAAGUCGCAGAUCAGAGGAAGCGUCACCAACCUUUUUCCAGCUUCUUCACCCGUCAAGAUGGGCUCUGCUUCUGCCACAAUGUGACCAGUCUGUUCGAGGCAAUCGGAAUCGCCUGUAACCAGAAUGAGUGGCGCCUCUUCAUUGACAGCUCAUCCAGGAGCCUCAAAGCCGUGCUGCUCCAUAAUGGUAACAAGUACCCGUCUCUUCCCCUGGCUCACUCGGUGCACCUCAAAGAGGAUUACAACAGCAUCAAGACCUUGCUGGACGCCUUGAAGUAUGAUGAGUACGGCUGGGAGGUCAUAGGAGACUUCAAAAUGGUGGCAUUCCUGAUGGGUCUCCAAGGCGGUUUUACCAAGUUUCCCUGCUAUCUUUGCCUUUGGGACAGCAGGGACACCAAGGCGCACUACCACAUGCGGGACUGGCCACAGCGGACCGAGUUCUCUGUGGGGAGGAACAACGUCAAGUGGGAGCCACUGGUGGACCCUCGGAAGGUGCUGAUGCCACCACUGCACAUCAAAUUGGGCCUUAUGAAACAAUUUGUCAGAGCUCUAGAUAAGGAGUCGGCAGCCUUCAAGUACCUUCAAGACUUCUUCCGUAAGCUGUCUGAGGCAAAGGUCAAAGCCGGUGUCUUCAUCGGACCACAGAUAAAGAAGAUCCUGGAGUGCAAUGAAUUCCCCAAGAAGCUCACUAGUAAGGAGAAAGCGGCUUGGAACAGCUUUGUCGCAGUGGUUCGGGGCUUCCUGGGCAACCACAAGGCCGAAAACUAUGUGGAGCUGGUUGAGACUCUGGUGAAGAACUACGGCACAAUGGGCUGUAGGAUGUCCCUCAAAGUCCAUAUCCUUGAUGCUCAUCUUGAUAAAUUCAAGGAGAACAUGGGAGCGUACUCGGAGGAGCAAGGCGAGUGCUUCCACCAGGAUAUACUGGACUUUGAAUGCCGCUACCAAGGACAGUAUAACGAGAACAUGAUGGGAGACUACAUUUGGGGGCUGAUUCGUGAAAGUGAUUUACAGUAAAAUCGUAAAUCUCGAAAAACUACUCACUUCUAAAUCUGUUGUAGUCAUUUUUGUAUUACUUUAGUAUAAAUACAUGUUAAUUUGGAUUCAUAUGUUGUUUUUUUCUGACUUUAUGUGAACGAAAAGACACAAAUUCCCCUUUUUCUCAUUGGAAAUAGGUAAAUUUCAAAAUAAGUUUGUGGGGAAUAAUAGCCAUUUUCUAUACUUUUGAGACAUAAACAAUUAGGAAAUAACACUUACUACCCAGGAACAAAAAUUGUGUUACAUAGUGUUAUCUACAAUAAGCCAAAUAAAAAGGCUUGCUCUGCCAUGCCAGAUCGAUGCCAGGAGUGCCAUUUUGCAUUGUUCGUGUGGACUGCUCAGAUGGGAUUUUAAUGGGAUGUGGGAGAGGGGGUUGAGGAAUACAAACACCGCUUAAAAGGUUUAUGCUUAUAACAAUGUGGUUUGGAAGAUUAAGUUGUGGUGAUGCAUAAUAAAGGAAGUCCCUACAUUCCCAUUUGUUUUGGGGGUUGCUUUGUGUUACAAUUGUUUGAGCAGUGUGCACUCAGACUGGCACUUACAAUUCAUGUAAAUAAUAUAUUCUAUGUACAUUUAAUCAACUGCUGAAGCUGAGACACUCAGUACAUAUAUGGAAUCCUAUCACUCACAACAGGCUUGUGUAGCAAGUGGCAUAUCUAUAAAUUACUUUGACCACAAUCAUAACAUACAUGCAUACAAGACCUUGUGAUUAAACAGAGAUACCAAAGUGGUAAAAACGGGUUACAUAAUGUAAGUAAACUAUAACUGAGAAAGAAAAAAAAAAAAACAAUUGCUGGAAGUAUACCAUAUUUCAAGAGAACCUUAUCUUGGAUAGAAAUAAGGUGACUUUUCACCUGGUGGUUUACAGAACUGUUCCCACAGAUCAGCCACAAUGCAAAACCACAUCUGCUCUAUAAAUCAGCAUUUUCUCAUCAGACAGAGGACCUCUUGAUAAUGAUCAGUUGAAGUGAUGAAGUGUUUCUCCUUUUAGGACCACUUUUAACAGUCCGCUAACGUUUAAUCAGUCAGCCCUAGAAACCACUUUAGACACAGACUUCAUAUAGGGUAAAAGUGACCGGUUUCACUGCACUCAUUUAACAUUACACAUUACAAGCUGACACUGGAUAAUGCUUUUGUGUUUGUUUGUUUGUUUGUUUUUUAUUUUGUAAUUUUAAAAAGUAGUCUAUAGUUUGACACAUUUGGUGCUACCCUGGAGAAUAAUGCAAUAGUCACACUUUGACACAAAGAGAUGGUCGGAUCAUCUUCAGACUGGCUUGAGGUAAAGAGAUUUGUGUGCAUUGCAGUGGGAUUGUAUUUCGGCUUGGGAUCGUAAUACACAGAUCUGCUUCUAACAUGAUAGGAUCCACGUUGAAUGUUCAUUUGCUAUCACUAUUAUUGGCGGAUCGUCGUAUUGACCGCGCUGAAGCAGGGGGAAAGCUAACUGGUAGAAGUUUCCAUUGAACACUCGUCUUUAGAAAAUACGCACAAAUUCUUAGAUCAUUACGUAUUCCACCAAAAGAACCCGUCAGAAUAACUAAUGAACCAAACUAGCGGAUAGAGUCCCGUGGGCUUUAUAAAAUACGGUCGAAAUAAUGCGAUCCUCCAGUGGACCUCCUUUGAAAAUAACCCCCAACGUGUCUUGUCUCCUGCAGGAGAAUGCAAGAAACACCUGCAACCCAAUCUGCACUCAUGGAAUGAGUCCGCAUACAUUGGUCGUGUUCUUAUACCACAGAUCUGAAUAGUUCGGCACUAAAUGGCGGAGAUGCGCGUUCUUCGAGGGCUGCUGCGUGACGUCACUCAACUCCAUCCACAGAAAUCUGUGCAGAUUCUGUUGCUGCGGAAGACUGGCUACCACACAAAGACGAUGCAGAGAUCACGAGUGACCUGCUAAUCAUAAUGCAAAUAACCACUAAAACUACUGCUGCCCCCUUAGUGGAGGCGAACGACAUCUUAACGGUAUACAAUGAAGCCACGAACAGCAUUGUCAACGCUAUAUUAAAUAAAUAAAUAAAUAAAUAAAUAAAUAAGUUAUUUAAACAAACAUGACGUACUAAAUGUUAUAACAAAGUUAAUGUUAAUCAAUGACAUCAAACUGACUCUGUAUAGGUUGGGACAUUGAAAAUGCGUUUCUCUAGAAGCUGCGUGCGACGUCAGAAAGACAGCAGCCAAGAGCAGCCGGCGCAGCAAGAUCUGUGUAAAGCUGGGUCCACAUCCGAGCGAUCAGUUGGGCAACUUAGUUGCUUUCAACCGAGUCGCUUAUAUGUGGACGUCCCUGCAACCAGUUGCUUGAAGUAGAGCCCUGCUUUCCAGGCAACCUCCUGAGCGACUUCUGUAGACACAGGCGAUCGCGUGGCAAUUCGCCAACUCUGAUUGGUUCUUAUACUGCUGACUGCACGGCUUGCAUAUUAAGAAGCUCUAAUUUAAAAAAAUGUCGGCGGUAAAAAAAUAAAAUUAAACGGUUUCCUCCAUCUUUUACGCGGCUUUGUUUUUUCUCUUUAGGGAAUAUGGUAUUUAAAAUAACAGUUGAAAAAAUAAUAACAUCCAACUCUUCCUCGUUAAUUACUGGACACAUUACGACAAGUGUCACCUCGGUUGUCAAAAAAUAAAUAAAAUAAAUACGAUUCUAAACUUGUAGACACGGGAGAAGAAAAAACGUGUCAACUCGGUUGUCAAAACCAAAAGAAAAUACUUCACCUUGUAGAUAGAAUAAAAAUGUAAAAAAAAAACAAACAAAAAAAAAAAAACUGUCACCUCAGUUAUCAUAAAAAAUGAAUCUUGUAGACGCUGGAACCUUGUGGCACAAGUAAUUGCUCAGAUGUGGACAUGUGGACACUGCAAUUGCUUAAGUGAUCGCUCAGGUGUGGACCCGGCUUUACAGAACACAACCAGCCUUUCAGGGCUGAACUUGGCCUCAGCAGGCGUCAGGGUGCAAUGCAGGAUAAUGUUGACUGACCUAAGGCAGUCCAUUUUUUAAAAAUGAAUAGCAGACAUUUCAAAUUCUUAGCAGUGACAGAGUGUGUUCACUACACCAUCUCUCUGGUUUUGCAGAUGCUGAGAUGUGCAAGGAUUCCUAAGUAGCAAUGUGGCAUUGGGGGGAUAUGACAUCACAUAACGAAUGAAAGAAUGGAAAUGCAGCUGUUUGGAUUUACAGUGGAAAAAUCCUGCUGGUGGCUGGAGGGAAGAAUGAGGCAUAAGGAUAUACUGGCAUCCUCAAGUGAACUGCAAAAAUGGGAAAGAUGCCAAGCACAUGAAUACAAAGCCUCCUACAACAGUCUGUAAAGCAUUUGAGCAGGCAGGACCUGUGCUAGUUCCUGCAUCAAGCUAGUGUAUUUAUUGUAUUUCUUGUUCUUAUUGUAUUACCUGUAUUGUAACACUUGAAAUGUAUUUGCUUACGAUUGUAAGUCGCCCUGGAUAAGGGCGUCUGCUAAGAAAUAAAUAAUAAUAAUAAUAAUAAUCGUGUACAGCCUUGAAUUUCA